AUGGCGGCUGUUGCCAGCCUAGUUACCCUUUUAAGUCCAGUCAUGGCCGCAAGCUCUUCAAGUGCUAUCGUUGCGGAUGGCAGCUCGUUCUCUCUGAAUGGUAACGAUGUAUCCUACCGGUUUCAUGUCGACAAUAGCACCGGUGACCUGAUUUCAGAUCACUUCGGCGCUAGCGUGUCAGGAGAUAUUCCUAUAGAAGUCACGGGCAAUGUUAAUGGCUGGGUCAACACCAUUGGACGCGUCCGACGCGAAUUUCCUGACCAAGGCCGAGGAGAUUUCCGCCAGCCAGCGAUCAGAAUCCGCCAAUCGGAAGGGUACGCUGUUUCUGACUUGCGGUAUCAAUCAUAUACUGUCAAGCAGGGUAAGCCUGAUCUGUCUGGCUUGCCUGCGACCUUCGGCACGGAUGAUGAGGUGUCAACCUUGAUCGUCCAUAUGUACGACAACUUUAGCUCCGUUGCAGCUGAUCUCUCUUACUCGGUCUUCCCGAAGCACAAUGCAAUUGUGCGUAGUGCAAACAUCACCAACCAGGGCAAGGGCAACCUCACAAUCGAGUCGCUUGCAAGCAUGAGCGUGGAUUUCCCGUACGAGAACUUGGAUAUGAUUAGCCUGCGCGGUGAUUGGGCAAGAGAGGCACACCGCGAGCGAAGAAAAAUUGAGUAUGGCAAGCAGGGUUUUGAGAGUGCAACUGGCUACUCCUCCCACCUUCACAACCCAUUCCUUGCUGUAAUGGACCCCGCAAGCACGGAAUCUAAUGGCGAAGUUUGGGGAUUCUCGCUCGUUUAUUCGGGAUCUUUCUCUGUUGAUGUUGAGAAGGGCUCCCAGGGAAUUACACGCGCUCUUGUCGGCCUCAACCCAAGUCAGCUCUCCUGGUCAUUGGGACCCGGCGAAUCUCUCACCUCCCCGGAGUGUGUUGCUGUCUACUCGGAAAAUGGAGUUGGUGGGAUGUCCCGCUCGCUCCAUAAUCUUUACCGGAAAAAUCUCAUUAAGAGCAAAUUCGCAACGGCAGAUAGACCUGCUCUCUUGAACAGUUGGGAGGGGCUAGGAGCCACCUUCAAUGAGUCCACCAUCUACCAGCUUGCCAAGGAGUCUGCUGCGCUUGGUAUCAAACUUUUUGUUCUGGAUGAUGGUUGGUUCGGUGACAAGUACCCUCGAACCUCGGAUGAUGCCGGCCUAGGUGACUGGAUUCCUAACCCUGAGAGGUUCCCGGACGGCUUGUCUCAUGCAGUGAAUAGUAUCACAGCCCUCAAAGCUGCAAAUACUUCCACUAAUCUGCGCUUUGGUCUUUGGUUCGAGCCUGAGAUGGUGAAUCCCAAUUCUACUCUUUAUCAUGAGCACCCUGAAUGGGCUCUACACGCAGGAUCCUACCCUCGCACUUUGACGCGUAACCAGCUUGUCUUGAACGUUGCGCUCCCAGAGGUCCAAGACUUUAUCAUUGAUGCCGUGUCAAAUAUCUUGAACAGCUCCGAUAUCAGCUAUGUCAAAUGGGACAACAACAGGGGAAUUCAUGAAACACCCUCCCCAUCGACAGACCACGAAUAUAUGCUGGGAAUGUACCGGGUAUUCGAUGUGUUGACUACUCGAUUCCCAGAUGUUCUUUGGGAAGGGUGUGCUUCUGGUGGUGGUCGUUUCGACCCUGGUGUUCUACAAUACUUCCCUCAAAUCUGGACAUCAGAUGAUACAGAUGCAGUGGAGCGCAUCACUAUCCAGAUGGGUACCUCACUUGCGUAUCCACCUAGCGCUAUGGGUGCCCACCUAUCAGCCGUCCCGAACCAGCAAACGGGCCGCACCUUGCCUGUAGACUUCCGUGGGCAUGUGGCAAUGAUGGGUGGAUCAUUUGGUCUGGAACUUGAUCCUUCUGAUAUGCCAGAGGAUGAUAAGGCUGCUCUCCCUGCACUGAUUGAACUUGCUGAGAAGGUCAACCCUAUCAUUUUGACGGGUGAUAUGUACCGACUCAGUCUCCCGGAAGAGUCUAACUGGCCAGCUGUCCUCUUCAUUUCCGAGGAUGGCAACAAAGCUGUGCUUUUUUACUUCCAGAUCAAUCCCAACAUCAACCACGCUAUUCCGUGGAUUAAGAUGCAGGGCCUAGACCCGAAGGCUACUUACAGGGUCGAUGGAAAUUCCACAUACUCCGGCUCAGUCUUGAUGAAGAUUGGCUUGCAGUUCCCUAUCGCCACAGACUAUGGGAGCAAAGUGGUCUUCUUAGAGAAGCAGUGA